AUGGAGGUCAUCGAUGCUCGGUCUGCACUCCUCUCCAACUUUGAAGUUCUUAGCCUCCUUCGUGAACUUGAAAAUGAACACAUAGCCCGCACUAAAACAGCAUUGCGCAUAAAAAGGGAGGAGGAGGCUUCUGGAACCACAAGCAAAAGACCAACGGACGCUGUCACGAGCGAAAACUUGAGAACGAUUCAAGUCGAAGCUAUUCAGUACCUUUCCGCGGACCAUCAAGCUACCCGUUCUCAGACUGCGGAGGGAGUUAGACGAUUGUGCCGAAAUCUACGCCAAUAUGACCUUACAAAGGCAGAAAAAUUGCAAGUUGUCAACCUUGCGCCUACGAAGCCAGUUGAAUUAUACGUGAUUGUGGAGGAACUGGAGGAUCGACUAGGCGACACCAUGACUAACGUGCUGGAAAUAGUCCAAUCAUCCCUUGCGGGGCCUUUAUCCGACCCUAAACCCUUUGACUAUACCACCCUGGAAGCCAGGACGGCUACAGUCGAAUCGAAAACAUCCUUCACUCAUCCGGAUCCAGAUCUCGACGCCGACGGAGAUGCAGAGAUGGACGCGGUGAAUGAAAUUGUGUUUGAUGACACCGGUGAAGGCGCUGGGAUAGAAGGAGAUCUCGAAAUGGUGGAUGACGACUGA